ACGUUGUGUCAUAUAAAUCAUAACUCACUAAUACUUUCCCUUUCUCAGUACGGAUGGUCCAGCAAGCGUUGAUAUGCCGGAAAUGAGGUGAAAAGUGGAUGAAACGGAAUUGACGAUCGGGCGAUGAAACUCUGCCCCCCCGCCCUCCCCGUGCGUCGAGGCCCAUGGACUGACGUGCGGGAGGCGGUGCGCGUUGAUAAACAGGGAGCCGUGCCGAGCCGUGCCAUUCCAGUUUUCUCUGGGAGUGCUGGUCUUCGGGACGAAGAGACCCCUCCACACACACCCGAGAGCAACGCGGCUCACCUGGUCACCUGAAACCUGCCCUUUUCUUGGAUCAUGUACCAGGACUACUCCGGGAACUACGACACGUCCUCCCGCGGCAGCAGCGCGUCCCCGGCCCAGCCAGAGUCCUUCACCAGCGGUAGCAGCACCAUCGGCAGCCCCCUGUCAGCCUCCUCCUACCAGAAGUACCGAGUCGACAUGCCUGGCUCCAGCAGUGCCUUCAUCCCCACCAUCAACGCCAUCACCACCAGCCAGGACCUGCAGUGGAUGGUGCAGCCCACCGUCAUCACCUCCAUGUCGAACCCGUACUCCCGCUCUCACCCCUACAGCCUCCCUGUCUCCGGGGGCCCCGGGCUGCUGGGCCACACCACGCUGGCCCGACCGGGCGUGAUCCGGUCCAUCGGGGACGCACGCGGGCGCCGCAAGAGGGACGAACAGCUCACCCCCGAAGAAGAGGAGAAGCGGAGGGUGCGCCGCGAACGGAACAAGCUGGCCGCCGCCAAGUGCCGCAACCGCAGGAGGGAGCUCACCGAAAUGCUCCAAGGGGAGACGGAGAAGCUGGAGGAGGAGAAGGCCGGCCUGCAGAAGGAGAUCGAGACCCUGCAGAAGGAGAAGGACAAGCUGGAGUUCAUGCUGGUGGCCCACAAUCCCGUGUGCAAGCUGCCGCCCGAGGAGCGUCACCAGGGCGGCCCCCAGCAGUGCCCGGCGCUCUCCGCCGACAUGCGCGCCUCGUCGGGGGUCCGCAACCCGCUGCACCUGCUCAACCCCGUGGUGGUGAAGCAGGAGCCCGAGGAGGAGCAGGAGGAGAAGCCGCCGCGCUCCGUCAUCAAACCCAUCUGCCUGGGCGGCGCCGGCGGCAUGUACUGCCCCGACAGCGACAGCCUCAACACCCCCGUGGUGGCGGCGUCCACUCCGGCCGCCACGCCCAGCGCCCCCAGCCUCAUCUUCACCUACCCCAGCAUUCUGGAGCCCGAGAGCCCGUCGCCCUCUUCCGAGUCGUGCUCCAAAGCCCACCGGCGCAGCAGCAGCAGCGGGGACCAGUCGUCGGACUCGCUUAACUCCCCCACGCUGCUGGCGCUCUGAGUGGCUCCGCCCACCUGGGGGCGGGUGCUUAGGGCCAGGGGGCGGAGCCAGGGCGAUUCGAUGGCCGGAGAGUGACGGACACUAUGUGCACAGCGUGUCCUGCGACGCACGGUGGUCCUGCGGUGCCCCGCUGUUUUCUCUGACGCACGCAGACGCUGACGCACACUCACGCACGCACGCACGCACGCACACACACACACACACACACACACACACACACACACACAGACAGACACGCAUGCAGAACCCUCAAGGGCUAAAGGCGUUUCAAAUGCUUUGGUGUGACUUCUGUGCAAAUCCAUGCCAUGUGCUAUCAGGACCGCCCCCCACCCCCACGUCCCCACAUCUCCACGACGUUUGAGCGCAACUGGUCACAAGGACCACCUGCCCAUGAGGAGAAAGACCGCGCCGUCAUCCCGGGACGGUCGAGAGGAGAAGGAGCGUCUCCUCAUUUUCAUCCUCACCCUUGGCUCCGCCCGGACCAAACACUACACAGGGGGAACCUGUAACUUCACUGUGGUCCCUGGCGCCGAAUGACCCCCCCCCCCCCCCCCCGUAUUUAUACCCCGAGUCAGUUUUGGUGGCCGACCGUUUAGUGUUGCCGCCUCCUUCUCCACUUCUUCACCCGUCUCGGCUGCACCGCAAAAGCCAUAGGUUUCGCUGGGCGAAUCCACACAUGUCGCCGUGCGCAGAGGGAGCGGCCGUGGCUCCUGGGAAAGGAACCCCCACCCCCCGCCCCUGCGCGGCCUCUCCGCAGCCUGUCCCAGCGCAUUUCACCAACGUCAGGGACUUAAUCAUCUAACUGUGCGUGUUUAUAGCAGAGCCCCCCCCCCAACCCCCACGCUUGCGUCAGCGUUACUAGCGGAGGCAACUGGGCUGACGGAGCGGCGAGGGGUAUCGGAGGAAAUACGGAACAUACAGGUCUUUCGGUCCAGGGGCCCUCAAACCCGCACCCCCGUUCAGCAGGGGGGUGGGGGGGGCCGGGGCGGCCACGUGUGCCCAGACAAGAAAAGUAAAAGGGAUGAGUUUGUUUAAAUAAGAGCCUCCAGUCCAGGCCUCGUGUUCGACAACGUCGUCCAGAUGCACUUUGAGUUGGUUUCUUUAGGUUUUAAUUUGGGAGAAAAUGGAAAAACAGGGACUCCUUCCACAGCUGGACUGGGAGGGGGUGGGGGUGGGGGUGGGGGUGGGGGAGGUGUUGCGGCCGCAGCCCUGAAGAGAUGCACUAGUGAUCUCAACUGCUUUGAGUUCAGACUGUAUUAUAGAACCUUGGGGUGGAGGGGAGUUUUUGUUUUCUGUUUAAUUGGUCAUUGUUGGUAUUGACCGUGUCUGUCGGGUGGGGGGUGGGGGGUGGGGGCUGGCUGGCUGGAUGGAUACAAGCACUGAAAAACAAGGAUACAACUGCAAUAUUCAUGCGAACUGUUUACUUUUGAAAACAUUCCCGGCAGCGGAGGACGGACCGGCCGCUUCUGCUGCGCUCGACGCGAACGGAAGACCGUCGUGAAGGACGAGGACCCGUGCGCUCGGCCCGAGGGCCGCCGCGAAUCCGGAGACGACGCAUUAGCCGCGCUCCCGGGAGGUUUACGUGUUUACCGCCGACGUCUGCAGGCACGAGUCAAACAAAUACCGAAUACCAAAAAGAAAGUGCCGGAGGACGUGACGAACCUCUGCUCGUUUUCCUUUCUUCGUUCCCGUAGAAACACGUAGGAAAGCCAUCGCCACUCUAGAUCUUACAUGUCCGCGGCUUGUCGGUUCUCUUUCCUCUUCUCCCGAACGCUUUAACUAUUCCGAAAAAAAGAGAAAAACGAGAAAAAGCAACAAAAACAGCAAUAUGUACGGCAGUGUUUGUUCAUUUAGUAAUUUAAGUCAAUAAAAUGAGUUUUUGGAA